ACCAAAACGUGUUUCGCGCUAAAAGAGUAUUUUCUCCUUUUAUACUGACUUAUAAUCUACAAAUUAUCGGUAGAAACUUUGUCCAAAAGUAACAGUUAGGUCUGAUCACCGCAGAAAUGGAAGAACUCUUAAAUAUAGAGGGAGUGACAGUAAACUCUGUAAGGCUCAUACACAAGUAUGCUAAGGAAUUUUACGAGGCCGCUCCCUGGAUGAAAUACACAUUUGUCCAUGGCAUCAAGAUGAAGGCAUUUGGUGAGACAAGGUUCAUCAUGCCUUUAGGAGCAGGGAGAGGAAUAGGUUCACAGCUUGUUGGACUCAUUAUGUGGGAGCGCUUUGAAGACUUGAAAAAUACACUUGAUCCCUGCAUUGGCGCUGACACCAUUGUUAAAAAGAAGCCCGUCUUACUAGAAUUUGUCAACCAAAAUGACGCUGAUUAUCAUACAGUUUUAUUCGUACGCAGACACUCGAUGUCUUUUAAUUGUAAUGGUUUACCAGAGUUGAAAACCACCUCCAAAAAACUUAACAUUGCAGACUUUAAACUCUUAGAAGCAGCAUUGGCAAGUCUUCCUGUGUUUUAUAAUGAGAAGCUUAUUGAGAAGAAUGCUUAUUCCUGUGAAAUGGCCACUGAUGUAAGUGAGGUACGAAGUGGGGCUUCACAUGGUAAAAAGGUUAUGGUUGAGUUGUCUUAUCCAGCCGGGGAUAUGGAGUAUGAUUCUUUUGGAUUGUGUGUUCCAGAAGCAUUAGAAACAUACUUAGACCCUCCUAACUCUGUUGUUUCUGUACGAGAUGGUGUCAGACAUUAUGCAAAACUCCUCGGGCCAAUAUCUCUACCAGCUAGAAUUACACUAGAGGGGUUAUCCACUAAAGAACUAAAAGAGACGCUGACGCAACAUCGCAUUAAUAUCAGAGGAUGUCUCUCGCGAGAUGAACUCCUAGAGGCAGGCAUACACCAGCGACUUUACGAAUCAAAGCGUAAAAAACAGUUAACUAGAGUAGAAUUAGAACAGAUGUAUGCACUAUGUCAUUGUUACUGGUUGUGCAUGUCUGUACCUACGUCUCUAAAAGCAAUUGAAUUAGGGUAUCUGGCGAUAAGUAAAUAUCACUCUGAUCCUGUUGGAAUACGCUUCUUGAUGCUGAAUGUGUGUAUGGAAAUAUGGGCAUAUGAUGAGGCCAUAAAAUUGAUGGAUCUCUACAGUGAUGAAUGGGGCACUAUGAUGUUCUGGACAAAUGCCCUUAUCAGCUACAUUAAAAAAGGCAGUGAAUCUAAGACAGCAUUUAAGGCACUGAAACAGGCUGCCAUGCAGAAUCCUCAUGUCAUGCCCUACCUCACUGGGAGAAAAAUAAUCCCUGAGGAUAAAGAUAAGCCAAAAUAUGGUGACGCUGAAAAUGAAGCAUUUACAUAUCUCAGAACCAAUGCACGACACUGGCGUCCUGUUAAAGGUGCGAUACAAUGGGUUCGUAACAACUACAAUGUUUUAUCUAAAAUACUGAAAGAACAUCGGAAUGAAGGAGGAGAAAAACCCUCGUCUGUGACUCAUUUAAGCUGUAAAACAUGCAAUAAGAUUAAACCAAAACUGAAAAAGUGUGCUGGUUGCGAAAAGGUGUCAUACUGCAGUAAGGACUGCCAAAGAGAUGAUUGGAAGUCACAUAAAGAAUUGUGCAAAAAGUAGCGGCUAUCAUAAGACACUUACAGCACUUAGGAUAUUUGUUACUAAAGAAUGCGCCAAAUAUAUGAGGAAAGUGAUUAAAGAUUUAUAUGUAAAGUAGGAAACAGAGUUCAGCUACCUGUAUUUCCUAACUGUGACCAUUUAUUUGAUGUUGUGCAGUUGUACAAAUGUCAAGGUUAAGUGCAAGUUUGAUUGUGGGACACUCAAUGGCAUUAAUUUCCUUUUAUCUCUAGAAUCCCAAAAGUAAUACAAUCUUUAUGUCAAAACCAAGAUGGAAUGACAUAUUGUGGUAUAUAUUGUAGCCACCAUUUUUCAUGAUCUGUUUUUAUUAGUUUUGUGUUGGUGGUUGGCUUUUCUAACAAUCUGCUUCAUGUUUAGAACCAUAUAUAAAUAAUGACAAAUCAUGCAAAAUGUUAAUACAAGAGACUGGCUCCUUUUUUUAGUUAUACUCAUAUUGUAUAAUGUUUUUAGUAGAUUUAUAAUUUUAUAGUUUUAGUUUUUAUUAUCAAUGAGGACUCAGGAUAGGAUAAAAUAAGGUAAAAAGUCAUAAGGAAAAAGAUCCUAAUUAAAAAUGGCUGCAUUGCUUUUAAACAAGACAUUUCUAGCUGUUUUAAUACAUGUAAUUAUUAAACUUUAUUUUGCAAACAUGAGAAAUACA